AUGGACUUUGGGCGCAUUCCUCCGGAACGCCGACCGCCGGCCGAACGCGUCAAUGACUAUUCUGAAUUCUACCAACGGUGGUCUGACACCCAAGCCGCCGAGCAGGGGGGACGCUGCAUGGACUGCGCCGUGCCUUUCUGCCACAUGGGAUGCCCGCUAGGAAACGUCAUCCCCGACUUCAACCAUCAGGUUUAUCUGGGCAACUGGGAACGCGCGCUGGAUAUCCUGCUAAGUACCAAUAAUUUUCCCGAAUUCACGGGAAGGAUUUGUCCGGCGCCGUGCGAGGCGUCCUGCGUAUUGAGCAUCAACGCUGACCCCGUCACCAUAGAAUACAUCGAAAAAGAGAUUAGCGACCGCGGGUUUGAGCAAGGCUGGAUCAGGGCAACGCCACCCGACACCCGCACUGGCAAGAGAGUGGCGGUGGUUGGCAGCGGCCCGUCGGGUUUAGCCGCCGCACAACAGUUGAACCGGGCGGGACACCACGUUACGGUGCUGGAGCGAGCGGAUUACAUCGGCGGUUUGCUGAUGUUGGGCAUACCUGAUUUCAAGUUGGAAAAAGAAGUUGUGCAGCGGCGGAUCAAACUCAUGGAAGCAGAGGGGUAUUGA